UCCGGAUCCAGUAUCUAAGCGUCUGCACGUGUCUUCGUUACCCGACUUAGAACCGGCGCUGUUGGAAAAGUAACCUGCACUGCAGUUCGGAGCAAGUUAGCGGAACAGGAGCCAUGGAGGGCCAGUCCGUGGAGGAGCUGCUGGCAAAGGCGGAACGGGACGAGGCAGAGAAGCUGCAGCGCAUCACGGUGCACAAAGAACUGGAGCUGGAGUUCGACCUGGGUAACCUGCUGGCCUCGGACCGGAACCCCCCAACGGGUCUGCGGCGCGCCGGACCCACGCUGGAGGCCGAACUACGGGCCCUGGCGCGAGACAACACGCAGCUGCUCAUCAACCAGCUCUGGCAACUGCCGACCGAGCGCGUGGAGGAGGCUGUGGUGGCACGGCUGCCCGAACCCACUACCCGCCUGCCGCGCGAGAAGCCGGUACCCCGGCCGCGGCCGCUUACUCGCUGGCAGCAGUUUGCGCGCCUCAAGGGCAUCCGUCCCAAAAAGAAGACCAGUCUGGUGUGGGACGAGGUGAGCGGCCAGUGGCGGCGCCGCUGGGGCUACCAGCGCGCCCGGGACGACACCAAGGAGUGGCUGAUCGAGGUGCCCGGCGGCGCCGACCCCUUGGAGGACCAGUUCGCCAAGCGAAUUCAGGCCAAAAAGGAACGGGUGGCCAAGAACGAGCUGAACCGGCUGCGUAACCUGGCCCGCGCGCACAAGACGCAGCUACCUAGCGCGGCCGGUUUGCAUCCUACUGGACAUCAGAGCAAGGAGGAGCUGGGCCGUGCCAUGCAGGUGGCCAAAGUUUCUACCGCCUCUGUGGGGCGCUUUCAAGAGCGCCUACCCAAGGAGAAGGCGCCCCGGGGCUCUGGCAAGAAGAGGAAGUUUCAGCCCCUCUUCGGGGACUUUGCAGCCGAGAAGAAGAACCAGUUAGAACUGCUGAGAGUCAUGAACAGCAAGAAGCCUCAGCUGGACGUGACGAGGGCUACCAAUAAGCAGAUGAGGGAGGAGGACCAGGAAGAAGCCGCCAAGAGGAGAAAAAUGAGCCAAAAGGGCAAGAGAAAAGGGGGCCGGCAGGGUCCUGGGGGCAAGAGGAAAGGGGGCCCGCACAGCCAGGGAGGGAAGAGGAAAGGGGGCUUGGGGGGCAGGAUGCAUUCCGGGCCGCCUGGCUUGGGUGGCAAGAAGAAAGGAGGGCAGCAUCAAGGAGGAAAGAGGAGGAAGUGAUAGGGGCACCCGCGGACUCGCUCUGUAAACCAAGAACCCUAUUAAAUUCAAGGUACUGCAAGGGAGGUGCUGAAGAAGGUGGCUGCUGCCUUCACCGAGCUUGUGAAGCUUGGACAGGUUUGCCCUCUCCUCAAGUUUGACUCCACAAAUUAGUGUUUUUCCCACAACGGAGACUUUGGCUGGAGAUUUAAGAAUCAGGGAAAGAACUUGAUCGAAACCAGUAAUGAAUUCUAUUUUUUGAACAGCCAUCUUUAACUUUGGAUAUGGGUGAGAGAGAGUUGUUCGUAUUUCAGGGACUUACAAUGGAUUGAUUUUCACAUUUCUGCAUUUUUAUAACAGACGUGUGUUUACCAAAGGUGGGGGUAGGAAGGAUUACAUUUUCACAACUGUACUUACAACUAACUAUUAUAAAGAGUAUUUAAUAAAAGCAUCUGUAUCCA